CUGCAAGGUGGGUCAUGGUCCGGCGGCCGGGCGCCCACCCUGGAUCCUCCUCCAGGCAGGGCCACCGCCAUUGCAGCCCAGUGCAGACCGCGGGCGGCGGCAUUCUCAUCCUCCACCUCAGGAGACCGACGGGGGGCUGAGAGGGGGCGACUGAGCCCCGGGGCUUUGGGGGGCUGUUUGCAAGCCGGCGUUUGGCUUCUUUCCCCGGAGGAGGCUCCCGACGUCGUCGCCCGCCUUGCCGUCCCGCCCGAUGACGGUGACUGAGGCGGCAAGCGCCGCCCGCCUGGAACGCGGCCACGUGGCCCGGCGCCUUCCCAGUCGGAAGCGGGCAGCAGAGCGACGGCAGGCCAGCAGAGGACCCUCCAGUUGCCUCCAGCGUGGCGAUGACGCCAGCCAGCACCGCCAGCCGUGACCCCCGGAGGCCUCCGUCACAGGAGGGGCCUGAUCGCCCGUCUACAGAGGUCUUUGUCUACGAUGAGGGGGACUUUGUGCUGCGUGGAGCAGAAUGGCUGGCAAACGGAGGGAAUCGCGGGACAGCCAGCCACGCCGUGUCCUGCUUUGACAGUCUUCUGCAGUCAGGCUGGAGGGAGAGACAGAAUCGGGGGCUCUUCCGCUACCACUUGGGGGAGCUGCAGACCCAGAUCCUGCCAGGGAGGCUGGGAUUUGUGGCCCAGCUGAACACCCAAAGGGGAUCAGAGAGAAGAAAACCCCAGGAGAUCCAAAGCAUCCAGCAGAGAUUUGACCCCCAGCAGUUCAAUUUCAAUAAGAUCCAUCCUGAGGAGAUUCUUUUUUGCAUGGUCAGGGGCCAGACCACCUCCAUGCCCUGCAUGGGGGGUGCUCAGAUCCCACCCGGUCUUGCCUAUGUCCUUGUGGUGAUUAAUGUCAGCCCUCUGGAGUUUGGACACUCGCUUCUCAUCCCUGAUCCCACACUCUCCUUGCCCCAGAUCCUCACACCGCAGGUCCUUCGCUUUGGACUAGAUGCCAUCCUCCUCAGCGCCCAUCCUGGCUUCCGCAUUGGCUUCAACAGCCUUGCAGCCUUUGCUUCAGUCAACCACCUGCACCUGCAUGGGUUUUACUUGAACUGGGAGCUGCUGGUAGAAUCGGCCCCCUGCAAGCCCCUUCUGCCUGAAGCAAACCUGUAUGUGCUGGAAGAGGUCCCAGCUCCUGGCUUCCUCUUCUACAGUGAAGGGCGGCACAUGGAGGAGCUGGCACACCAGAUUUGCCAGGUCACUAACUACCUGAUAAAGAAGGAGAUUGCACACAACCUGUUUGUAACCCGGGGUGCUAUUCCGGAGGGACCCAUUAACUCAGCAGCUCGGCCUGGCAUCCGGAUCAUUGUCUGGGCCAGGAAAUCCUGCUUUGGUACCAAAGAAGAGUCUGCAUUCAAUGUGGCACUCUGUGAGCUGGCAGGGCACCUGCCCAUCAAAACCGCCCAGGAUUUUAAGAAACUCACAGAGGCGUCAGCCAUUCACAUGCUUCAGAAAUAUCUCCUCCCAGACUUCCAGUUUUCCCAGCUCCAGCGUGAGCUGGUGUCCCUCCUCAAAGGAUAACCUCCCCACAGGGAUUGUCCUGCUCUAGAUAAUGCUGAUAGCAUGUGCCUCUUCAGCAAAGUGAAGGAGGGACGCCUCACAUACCCUCAAUUUCUCCGAUUCCCUUUCUUGGAGAAAGCAUAUAGAGUGCACUAAACUGGCCGCACUUAGAGUUAGUGGAACUAUCCUGAACUUCUAUUGCUCAGUAGGUGGCAACCUAGUCUCCCCGGCUUUAAAAAUAUUUCAAGCCAAAGUUGUUCCUAUGAUGCAAUAUGGAGCACCUAUUUGGGGAUGGGAAAACCCUCUACUUGACCAAUUAGAGAUAGUUCAAAACAAAUUUCUAAAAAAACUUCUGCUUCUACCAUCAGCGACCCCAGUGGUGCUAAUUCGGGCCGAGACAGGGAUUUCAUCAGUUAGGGCAAAAAUUCAUUCAACUCUGGUAAAUUACUGGAAGGCGAAUAAGCAAUCUUCCCCAAGGCAAAUUUUGAAAAUCAGCUCAAUAAGUGUAUGGUCGGACAAAUUUUGGUCUGCCCAACUAACAAAAAUUUGCCAACUUUACCACAUAGACCCUAAAGCCCUACAAGACCCUUCUAACAAAACCAGCUUCACAGAGGUUCUUCUCCGGCAUACUGCUUGGAUGGAUAGGCUAACUAUAAUAAAUUCUAAUUUCACACGAUGGUAUAGUCUUUUCAAAUCAGAUCAAACCAAAGCGAACUAUUUAGAUUUUCUUACAGCAGUAAAUCUUCGUCACGCCUUCACAGCUUUGAGAUUCCAAUCAAUGCCUUCGGCAUACUUGACUGGCAGAUAUAACGGGACCCCCCGUGCCCAAAGACUGUGCAUCUGUGACACUCCCGAGGUGGAAGAUCUUCCACACUACUUGCUAGAAUGCUCCCUAUACAAACACCCCCAGUUAAAAUUCCUGGACGAGGCGCUGACACAUGCGCCCGUAGACCUACUCUCGCGUAUUUCCUUCCUUCUCUCAGACAGGGACCCAGGCAUUACAUACAGAGUAGCUUUAUUUGCCCUAGCAGCGCAGAAAUUACGGAAGAAACGUAUAGAGGAACUAGGACUUACUGUCUAGAUAAUACAUGUUGCUAUACUUAUUGUUAUAAUAACAAUGAUUUUAAUUGUAUUUUAAAAAUGUUUCCCUGAUAGAAAAUGUACCAUUUAUUUUAUAGUAAUAAUAUUUAAGAUCCCAAUUGUAAUUUUAAAAUGAUUCACCUCAUUAAGUGUAUGACCUGUUAGAGGCCUAUGGCCAGACAGUAAUAAAUGAUGAUGAUGACAUACCCUCAAACAACAUGGUGGAAGGGCAUGCAAGAUUGCUGGUCAAUAAAAAAUGAGCUCAACUGUAU